CAAUAUGCUCGGAAACGUCUAGCAUUGGCAUCGUCCUCCCCUUCCACACCGCUACCGCCGUACAACCACCACCACCACCACCACGAUGAUGGCGACUCCGACUAUGACACGACUCCCACCAAGGGUAUGUACAUACAUACAUACCCCAUCUACCAACCGUGAACACCUUCUGAUUCACCAAACCACACAGACAACACAGCACCACCACCCUCAAUCCCGAUUUCGCACGCGCUUCUUCUCCUCUCCGACUCCGCCCUCCCGCUGGGCUCCUUCGCCUACUCCAGCGGUCUGGAAUCCUACCUAGCCCACAACAAACCCCUCCCCCGCACCGUCACCCCCGUGGCCUCGUUCCAUCGCUUCCUGAAGCUCUCGAUCGCCUCGAUGGCCAGCACCUCCAUCCCCUACGUGCUCGCCGCAUACCGGAACCCGGAGGAGCUGGAGACGCUGGACAACGACAUGGACGCCUCGACGCCCUGCAUCGUGGCGCAGCGCGCGAGCGUCGCCCAGGGCCGGGCGUUGAUCGGGGUCUGGGAGCGCGCGUUCCGGGCCUCCUACACAACAACAACAAAAACCCUAACCCCCGCCGCGGCGGCCGCGAUGCAGGCCAUCUCCGAUUUCUCGGACGCGUUGAAGCUGUGCGGCGAUACGGCGGAUGAGCUGGGGCCCAAGGGCCAUCUGGCGCCGCUGUGGGGGGUCGUGUGCUCGGCCAUGGGCAUGGAUGCCCGCCAGACGGCGUAUGUGUUCAUGGUGAACCACGCCAAGGCGGUGCUGAGUGCGGCGGUGCGGGCCUCGGUCAUGGGGCCGUAUCAGGCGCAGAGCGUGCUGGCCAGUCGGCGUCUGCAGGACAUGAUCACCGAACGCAUCGACAAGGAAUGGGAUACCCCCGUCGAGGACGCUGGGCAGAUCGUACCGCCGUUGGAUCUGUGGGUGGGCAGACACGAGCUGCUGUACAGUCGGAUCUUCAAUUCCUGAUCACACCCACCACCAACCGCACCAAGCAUAUUUGCAUUUUUCUGGAGUCAUUCGUUGUUUUGGAGUGGGGGCAUUGGUCGUUUUGUAAUUUCAUGGCAGGUCAGCGCAAGAGUCUGGGUAAUGGCGGAAUUUUUGUUUUUUUAGCAUUGGAUAAAUCUGGGCUGCGUUCAGCAUCUUUGUUCGGUCUCUUUCAUCAAUAUAGUUAUUUUUUCUAAAGUUAAUCCUACAUGUGAGCUGCAUACCUCAUCUCAACUUCACGUGGGUAUCCAAGGAGGACGCCUCGAAACACAAACAGGGAAUCGAACAAAACGGGCAGAAAAGAGGAAAAUGGAAUCAA